AUGCCUUCAGUGCAAGAACCAGAGCCGCUGACCCUGAGUGUCAAUGCCGACCGGCUAGCGUCUGCUCUUCAUGAGAGCUGCCAGUACGGUGCAGACCAUCGCUACGGAAAACAGUCUACGGAGACUGGCAUGGCUAGACUCAGCUUGGACGAUUCGGACAAGGCCGUCCGGGACUGGUUUCUCUGCAGAGCAAAGUCACUUGGUUGUAGCACCUCGAUUGACGAGAUGGGCAAUCUGUUUGCCAUUCGAAGCGGCAAAAAUCCGGACGCGCCUCCCAUCAUGAUGGGCUCACAUCUAGAUACUCAACCAACCGGCGGUCGUUAUGACGGCAUCCUAGGUGUACUGGCGGGACUCGAGGUUCUGCAAGUCUUGGAAGAGAAUAAAAUCGAAACCGAGGGAAGUAUCGGGGUUGUCAACUGGACCAACGAAGAAGGUGCUCGCUUCCCAAAGAUGGCCGUCUCGUCGGGCGUCUGGGCUGGUGCUGUGCCCAUUGAGGAUGCCUGGAAUCUGGAAGAGGUCACUCCGCACAAAGGCGAAGCCAAAACGAUGCUGCAGGAGCUGGAAAGGAUUGGAUAUCGUGGUCAGGCACAUGCAUCCUACAAGUCGAACCCUUUUGCGGCCCAUUUCGAGCUACAUAUCGAGCAGGGCCCAAUCCUGGAAGACGAGGGCCGCAAGAUUGGUGUCGUCCAAGGUGUCCAAGCCUUUAAAUGGUUCAGCAUUACCGUCCGUGGCAGAGAUAGCCAUGCCGGGACUACACCGCUCUACGCCCGCAAAGAUUCCGUUCUUGUGGCUGCCAAAAUGAUUGUCGCCGCCAACGCCGUCGCCAAAGCCCACGACGGCCUGGCAACGACGGGCAUCUUCAACGCCGAGCCCGGAACCGUCAACACCAUGGCGCAUACCGCAACUUUUACGCUGGAUUUACGACACGUGAGCGAUCAAGUGCUGGCAAAGAUGGUCGACGAGUGCAAGGCUGCUUUCCAGUCAGCCGCGCAAGACACUGAAAAGGGCUGCCAAGUGGACUGGAAGCUCCUCGUCGACAGCCCGGCGGUAGUGUUUCACCCGGACUGCAUAUCUGCUGUAGAGGACAGCGCGGCGGCGGUUUGUGCAAAAUUACCUGGAGCCGAGACCAAGCAGCAGCUGUGGAAGCGCAUGAUAAGCGGUGCGGGCCAUGACAGCUGCUAUACGAGCUUGCGAUGCCCGACGAGCAUGAUCUUUACACCGACGCGAGAUGGCAUCAGCCAUAAUCCGACAGAGUUUUGCUCUGCAGAAGAUUGGUGA